UUGUAUGCAACUGGCAUGUCUGGCCUGGGGUGUUGUCUGUGUGACAUGAACUAGUCACGAGAAUGCCUUGCAGGCUCUCUCUCUCGAUCCAUCUUGCCCCUUCUUGAUCGAUCUCUCCGCUUUUUGCCUUUUUGUAUAGAGUCUAUAGUAUCUCACUAUGUCUUCCGAGAAUUCUAUCAUCCCUAUUUGAUCAUCUACCCUUCUCUGAUCCAGAUCGAACAGGUCAAGUCUCUACGUACGUACCGUAGCUACUCUUUAUUGUCUUUGUUUGCUGGAAAAACACCCAGAUACCUCCAUCAUGAGGAGUACUCCAACAUAUCUGAACCCACCAUCCUUUCCUUUCUCCCUUGAAAAUUUUGUAGCAGAUCAGGCAGCACAGGAUCAACGCCUAAAACUCUUCAUCUCAUCAUCACUACCAUAUGGCGGUGCUUCUUGUUCUCUCUCAUUUCCUGCUUUCUUUGACUCCCUUACUGAUCAGUCGGGGAUCUCUAGUACGAGUAUUACUGUUGGAGAUCAAGCCCUACUAUAUAAGGGGCAAAGGGCGAAUAAGAGCAUAUGGCAAGGUGAAACAAGUUAUGAUCAAGUAUGCUCAUCAUCUUCUUUAGUUCAUCCUGUGUCCGAUGUUAGCAACGAGGAGUACCGUAAGUUAUCUGUAUCCACUGAUCAAAUAAUUGAGAAUAAUGAAGACCAUGAGAGUAACACUAAUAGGCCAGUAAAGUGGACACCCUUGACGAUGAAGUUGAUGCAAAAGAUGACCCAUGAACCGGAUCAAGUGCCUGAAAAAAUUCCCCUUACUUAUAAGUUCCAAAGCGCUCGUCGUGAUGAUCAGCAUCGAGAAACUAAUACUGGCGAAACCAGCAGCAGCAGCAGCUUAACAAUUUCCAAUAACAAGAGUAGUAGCAGUAUAGUGUCUGCCGUUAGGGUUUGUUCGGAUUGCAGCACCAACACAACCCCACUUUGGAGGAGUGGUCCUCGAGGUCCCAAGUCACUAUGCAAUGCGUGUGGAAUUCGACAGAGGAAAGCGAGAAGAUCCAUGGCUGAAGCUGCUGCUGCUGCAACUGGAUUGGCAGGUGGCAGCACCGGCCCGGCGGCUACUACAGCUGCUACUACCGACAAAUCAUCAUCUAUGAGUAAGGGUAAGGAGAAAAAAUCACGACAAAACCACUAUGUCACAGUGAGUUGCAAGAAGAAAAGAAAACUCAUCAUGACCGACGACAGUACUAGUACUGCAGCACCUAGCAUAUAUUACAAGAGAAAUGAUAAACAGCUCUGUAAUUUCAAGCAGGUAGCUGCCUCUCCACCAUCAGCACUAUUUCCUCGAGAUGUUGAAGAAGCUGCUACCCUGCUAAUGGACCUAUCUUCUGGCCUGAGUAUGAACCACUCUUGAUCGAUAUUCGAUUAGCACUGUACUUCCUUUAUUUCCCUGAUCGAUCUUUUAGCAUGAUUAACUUAGCUAACUAUGUAUCUUCAAACCAAUCUAGCUAGUUGAAGAGAGAGAUCUUUUUGGAAACAUGUAUUUUGAUUUUUGCGUUGUUUAUAAGCUUUCUAAAGGGACGUUCCCACUUCCCUGGAAAAAGUCUUUGCAGAAACUGUAGCAGUAAUUUGUUUAUGCUAAAUUUACUAGUAUCUAUGGAAA